AUGAGAAGAUCGCACAAAACCAAAAAGGUUUCUUGGGCUUCAGAUCUUAAUCUUUGUCAGGUAAGGUUGUUUACGUCAGAAGAAUCUCCUUCACGAGUUGCAUUGGGAACUCAAGACCAAUGGCCAAUUGAUAACAAGGCCAAUGACGAUUUACCGCCGGGCUUUGAAGGAUGCCGGCCGACAAGUAUGUGGCGAGUCGAUUUCAAAUUGCCUCAAAUACCAUUGGUAAAGUGGAGAUGCCCACGGAGGUUUGAAUUAAAUCCAGAGUGGCAAGUGGUUGCUGGGGAAGAGAGCAAUGAAGUGAAGGCCCAGAGUCGACACGAGAUGAGAGUGCUCGAAGCUGUUUAUCCUCGACCCUCCUCCAUUCCUCCAAACCCUCAUGGAUUACUGGAUGCAAGGAACUCAACUGCAUUCGAUAAAACCAUCCGUGUGAUUCCCAUCACACCAAUCGAAGAACAUGAUGCUAUGUUAGAUACAUGGUUUAAUACCACAACACUAGUCCCUAGCCUAACGAAGUUUUCGCCCCAAAGCUCGACUGAACAUACCGACAUUGAUGCCAAGGGGACAACACAAGAAGUUCACAAAGCCGAUAUAUUAGCUUCCAUAAGUUCACUCUUGUCCAAGUGCGACAAGGAAAAAUUAGUCGACCAAGAGUUGCUCGUUAAAAUUCUCAGUGACCCGAAACUAGUUAACCAACUCAUUGAAAACAACGGUGUACGCACUCCAAAUGUGAAAAACGAGACAUCUGUUGGAAUGAAAAAUGUUGGGAAUUUCGACGCUCAGAAUCUAACAUCCAAUUCGCAUAAUUUUCCAUAUAAUUGCAACGUAAUGCCAUGGUCGAUAAAUAAUACUGUGAACAGAAUAGAACAUUGGACACCUUCUGCUUUGGUUGCAUCUAAUGGAACACUUCAUCCUCCUAUUCCUGUGGAGGGUCAAAUGAAAAAGGAUGUUAACUACUACAAGAACCUCAUUCGGCAACACGGUAAUGAAAACGAAAACUUUUUCAAUGGCCAAGAACAGAGACAUUUUGAUUUUGGAAAAUCGAGAGAACCGAAACAGAAGGUUGGGAAAUCGUGCAUUUAUUUCAAUAGUCAAAAGGGUUGUAGGAAUGGGGUCCGUUGUAAUUUUCAGCACGGUGUGUCGACCCGAAAAGUAGUCAAUGGUUUUGCAGUCGACACACGAAAAGUAGUCAAUGGUUUUGCAGAGGUUCGUAGUGCUAAGAGGGUGAAAUUAGGUGGGGUAAUUACUGGUAGAUGA